GACAAGAAAAUUUGCAGAAAACAGGACCAAAAGUUGUCUAUCCGAAACCAGCAGUUGUCUGUGUCUUUGUGUUUCGAGGAUUAUUCAAAGAAGUGUAAGAAAUGGAAACAAAAUCAGUAAUAGCAGCAACUACAUGUUAUGCUAACGUUAUUGGGUCAUAUAAACCCAAGCGUUUUGCUGCUUUUUCCAUCAAAAGAGACCCAAAAAAGAGAGCUUUGGCUCAAAAGAUGAUACGGCAGUGGAAGAGGGAUCAGGGUGUUUUUGGAAAGGAAACUUGUGCCGAUUGUGCAUCAUUAAUACAGACAUUGUGUAUGCAUAGAAGGCCUCAUCUAGCUGAGGAGCUUUUACUAGAGUUGAAAUGUGAAGGGUUUUUACCAGACAACUGUACCCUUUCAGCUAUGAUGCUUUGUUAUGCUGAUUGUGGGCUUUUACCUCAAGCUCAGGCGAUAUGGGAGGAAAUGUUGUAUAGUACUUUUGUGCCUAGUGUUCAAUUAAUUUCGGAUUUAAUUGACAUUUAUACAAAGAGGGGACUUUUUGAUGAAGUAAUCAAAAUUCUUGAUCAGUUGAGUUCCUUGAGAACUUUUGACUUUUUACCUCAGGUUUACUCCCUGGCUAUCUCUUGCUUUGGAAAGGGUGGUCAACUUGAGUUGAUGGAGGAUACGUUGAAGAAGAUGGUCUCGAAAGGUUUCUGGGUAGACUCUGCCACUGGCAAUGCUUUUGUUGUUUAUUAUAGUAUUCACGGUUCUUUGGUAGAGAUGGAAGCUGCUUAUGAUCGCCUUAAAAGGUCUAGACUCCUCAUAGAGAGAGAAGGAAUCAGAGCAAUGUCAUUUGCGUAUAUAAAGGAAAGAAAAUUUUACAGGCUAAGUGAGUUCUUAAGGGGUGUAGGUCUUGGUAGGAAAAAUCUGGGAAACCUCAUUUGGAACCUUCUUCUUCUAUCUUAUUCUGCUAAUUUUAAGAUGAAAACUUUGCAGAGGGAAUUUCUGAAGAUGUUGGAAGCAGGAUUUCAUCCUGAUCUUACUACAUUUAAUAUACGAGCUUUGGCUUUUUCAAGAAUGUCUUUGUUGUGGGAUCUCCAUCUUGGCCUUGAACAUAUGAAACAUGAUAAGAUUGCUCCUGAUCUUGUGACUUAUGGUUGUAUUGUUGAUGCAUACGUGGAUAGAAGAUUGGUUAGAAACUUGGAAUUUGCUCUCAGCAAGAUGCAUGUGGAUAAUUCUCCAGUGUUAUCAACAGAUCCUUUUGUGUUUGAAGUUUUUGGGAAAGGGGAUUUCCAUUCAAGCUCAGAGGCAUUUAUGGAAUUUAAGAGGCAGAGGAAGUGGACUUACAGAGAGCUCAUUAAAAUAUAUCUCAGGAAACAACACAGAAGUAAACAUCUCUUUUGGAACUACUGACAAUUGGCCAUAUGUUACUGUGUAGAAUCUCGGUUGGUUUGACUGAAAAUUGAAGUAUGCUCAUGUAGGAUUCUUUUAGGUUCCUAGAGUUUGUGGUCAUUAUGCAACCUGGAGCUAUUAUUUUGUAUUUGUUGGAAAAGAUGAUGAUUUUUGCUUCACAUGUCUAUUCUGCUUAAUAGCAAUUCCAUGUCUGAUGAUUAGACUAAUUGUCCAAAAGAUGUCCCCUGUCAUCUUAAAUCCACGAAUAUUUAUCAAAUCUUGCUGAUCUAAGCAUGGUUACCCUGCAGAGGCUGAAGAUGAUAGUGGACAUGGUUGAGAUAUAUGUUGUCAGUUUCAAUUGUAAAUACUGGAGAAAUCUGAAUGAGUGCUGUUGGAUUCAUUGUACCCGGUCGAACACUCAACUACAUACCAAUAUCAGCUUUAAAACAAUUUUAAUGUUCCAAUAGCUACGAAAGAAUGUAAAUCAAGCUUCAGAAGCAACGGAAUGGAAGGAACAACUCUUUGGCUUGGCUGUCAAUUUGUUUGCUAUAUGUUCUUGCAACCUCAUCAUUGACUUUGUUGAUGGAGACUUAGUUUCCACCUGCAACCGAAGGGACAAUUGUUAUGGUGAUCAGUACGAUGCUUAUAAGUCACAUGUCAAAUAUUUACAACCAAAUCAAUAUCAAAUAAGAAUUGAAAAGAUUUUUGAUACCAGAACUGCUAGCUUAAACUGUAA